GGUAUCGUUGUUGAUACAAUUGCUGCCCAUGUUACAACACUUGUCUGGUAGAGUCGUCAAAAGACACAUGGGUUGUGUUACCGGAUACAGCUGCUUAAUACUCGGACUAUGUCUAACACACAUUGUCCUGGCGCAGAAAAAUAACACAUCUGUUGGCGUAUGUGUAGAAGCCAGCAAUGAUGAUCGGGUUAAUGGAACUGUGGGCAUGUCAAAGGACUUCGGUAAUGGGGUCAGUCUAAACGCCGGAGGCAGUUUGGUUUCAAGUGGAAAUCGGAAAGUCAAAGCAGGAAUUUCAUGGAGUUGGCGGAGUUCUUCAAAGUUGAUGGUACGAUUACCAAGCAGGAGUUUGCUAAUUUAGCUGCGGUUGUCAUCAAGAACUGAGUCCGGAGCAGCCUGUAACAGAGAUGAAUGGACGAUAUAUUCGGACAAUUGUCAUUUAACAUUAGUAUGUUUUAAUUGAAAUGUGUUUUUUUACAACGACAAAGAUGUUGUGAUGAUCAAUGUAUGAAGCAAAGUUUAAAAAGCGUCUUCAGAAUUCUUGUUACAGUGAACUCGUGUGUUAAUGUCCGUUCUAAUGAGAUAAUGCAAUCAUAUUUUAUGCAUUCAUAGUCUGUGUUGUUUUCUAAGUUUGUGUUUCCCGUUUAAAGUCGUUUGGACCCUUAUUUUUAAAAUUAAAACAAGCCUUAUACUAAAUACAUAUUUGACUACCGGGCCUUACCUGUAGUUUUCAUCGUACUAUUAUUUAGUUAAAGGCACUCCACCAUGUAUAAUUGGGCAUGAACAUACGUAACUUGUUGAACGAACAAUAAUUUUCUUGUAUUUAAACACAUGACCUCAUUUUCCCGAAAGCAUAGUAUACGCCUUUAAUUAUUGGAAUGUAAGCUUAAAUGUACGAUUUUCUCUUCGAAUAAGUCAGUCAAUUAAUGUUUGAUAUUAAUACGCUUAAUUUUAACACAAAUUGAAAAAUGUCCCCAACAUGAAACUUGUCGGGGAGACGUUUUUAGUUGAAAGCUGUUUGUUUAGCAAUCAUCAAUAUCAAGUAAUGAUGUAUGACCUAUAACAGAAAUUAAUGAAGUCAUUAUAUACCUGUUUUUAUACUAUUUCAAGAGAAUAAAAAGACCCUUAAAUCCAAUAUUUACAAAUAUUGAAAACAAUUCACAUUAAAACAUAAGUUAUAUUAAAUAUAUGGGUAUGUACACUAUGGUUUUGGCUAAUUGUAUGUUUUAAUAUGAAAUCAGUCAACAGCAUUUCGACAUUGCUUAUAACUGGAAAUACGAUUAUGUGUGGGUUUAUUUUCCAUUUGUCUUGUAUAACACGAUAUAAAACAAGAGACGAGUACAAAAAGAUAGGCGGACAAGAGGUUAAAGAAUCGAAAAACUAUUAAUAUCAUUAAAAAAUGUAGUUUUUUUUUCGAAUUAGAAAUAUGCGUCCAAGAUGUAAUGCAUGGGCACGUAUGUGCUAAUUUAUUGUGUGUGUUUUUUUAAUCUGCAAUCUCGAUUUUCUUGAGCCUCACUUUGAAGGAAUAAUUAAACAGAAAUCAUAACUGAACUUCUUUUACAAACCAAUAAAACACUAUCUUUUUUAAGAUUUCGAAAUACUUGAAUAUUAAUGACGUAUGUAAUGCUUUGCGUCAGUUUUAUUUUUGAUUUUGCCAUAUAAGGUAAAAUUAAAAAUGUAUCAUUUUUUAGAGUUUGAAAAUUCAUUCUAAUUAGGAAUAGUGUCUUCAACCAUCCAUUUGAGGCGAGGGAUGCCUUACACUUAGAUAAAAUCGUUGUUAUAUAUUCGUCCAAUAUUGUGUUGCAAUGCAACUUUACAAUCAACUAAGACUUACUUUUUAUAAUGAGUUAAGGUUCAUAUCCGCCAUAUUACGAAUGUCCAAUACAUUCCAUGACGGUAUUCGCCAAAACACGAACAAUCGCGAUAAGUUCAGUGACGAUAUUUGCUAUAUCACGAUUGGCGGCCAUAUAUUCCUGUCAUUUUAGAAAUACCCUGCAUACAAUGACAGGGCGAUAUUCACCAUAACACGAAUAAACGCCAUACAUUCCCAAGCGACAUCUGUAAUACUAGGUAUGGCCGCCAUACCAUCCCGGGCGAUGUCCGUUGACAAAGAAUGGCUACUAGGGACCGAAGUAAGAUUAAGCAGUUGCUAUUGCCAGUAACCGGACAAGAAACCGACCGCUGCAAGGAGAAGAAGAUUUAAGGCAAAAAUGAUAAUAACAAUUUUAUUUAACGAACAUUUAUGCCUAACUGUUGUGAAAUCAUUCAACAUUUUAAAUUUAAAAGCAGUUAAUACAUAUGUUACUAUAUAUAGUAACACAUUUGUACAGGGAUUUCGCGAUUUUGCAUGACUCAGCGAUUAUCAGUUUUGCGGCCCGGGCCGAUUAUCGAUUAUCAUUUCGCGGCCCGUAGAACGUUUGCACGUGAAUUCAAUUUUCGCCUUAAAAUGAAUUUUGGCGACUGUGAAAUAAUGUCUUGACUAAAUUAUCAAAAUUUAUUGAUCUGCUUGAACAUAUUCAUUGUUAAAAUCUUAAAGGGAGGCGAACGCAGUUUAGGAAGAUAUGCUAGUGUUUGAUAACCAGUGUGGACCGUUAGGGUGGAGUUUUUCAUUCUGCGUUGACAUUCAAAAAACAAAACAAAGGGAGCGGCAAAAUUGAAUUUACUUGAAAAACAGCAACUGUUCAUACAUGUUGACAUUAUUAAUACGAGCUAUUGGUUUAUCUAAGUACAAACAGUUGUUCUACUUGCUAGGUGUUCACGUUUAUUGAAUUGAAUUCAGUUAUUCAGACCAUGAACCGAAAGAUGUCAGUGAUUCGUACAGAAAAAUUCGGAUAGACGUUGUGGACUGUUCAUAGUGAUCAAUUGAAAUUGAAAUGGGAACAUAAAAGUGGCAACAAAAUGCUGUUUGCCUGUUUGGCUCACUCUCAAAAACGAAAUAAAAGUAAAUUUAUUUUGAGGGUGAGUUAACUCAUCGUUGUCAAGCGAGAGCAAAAUAAGCACAAUUAGAUAGCAGGUAAACUUUAAAAAGCAAACUGUAGACUUACA